CUAGGGGGAUUGGGUCUUCUUGUGCAAAGAUUAUAUGGUGGCGAUGUUGUUGUUAUUAUUAUUGCUGAUGAAGAUGAUGGUGUUGUUGUUGUUGUUAUUUUUGCUGGUGAAGAAGAUGAUGAUAUC